AUGAAUUGGAGACUUGAUUCAGCUGCUGCUACAAACAUUGUAACUGUGCUAAAUAAAUACAUUGAGACAUAUGGAGAUGUGUUGUUGGAUAUGGAUCCACAGAAAACCCCAACCGUCAUUCACAUGAUGAACAGUUCUUCCUCCGUUGGUAGUACUAUUCAUGAUGCAGACAUGUUAUGCUUGGAUUGGAGAUCACACGUGUAG